UUUCAUUCGCCUGAUGGCAGCAUGAAUCCCAUCAGAGAGCCUUUAAAUUCGAUUUUAAAAAAUGAUUCGUAAAGUUGUGGUGGGAAUUUCGGGUGGAGUUGAUUCAGCGGUGGCCGGUUUUAUGCUGAAGCAAAAAGGCUUUGAUGUUCGUGGUGUUUUCCUGAAGAAUUGGGAUUUAGUUGACGAAACGGGCUAUUGCUCAGCUGAACAGGAUUGGGAAGAUGCACAAUAUGUCUGUGAUAAAUUACAAAUACCCAUUCAACGCAUCGAUUUCGUGAAGCAAUACUGGACUGAUGUGUUUGAGAACACUUUAAGGGAAUACCAAAAUGGUCAGACACCAAAUCCGGACGUUUAUUGCAAUAAAUACAUAAAAUUCGGCGCAUUUUAUCGACACAUCAAGGAAAAUUUGGUAGCAGAUGCAAUAGCUACCGGACAUUAUGCCCGCACAUCGUUUGGACAAUUUCUGGAAGAUAUUCAACCAAAUCAAAAUGUAAAAUUGCUACGAGCCGUUGACCCUCGAAAAGACCAAACAUUUUUUCUGUCGCAAAUACCUCAAGAUGCCUUACGUCACACCAUGUUUCCAGUGGGUUCAAUGCUCAAAUCAGAUGUAAAGAGAUUAGCCCACCAAAUUGGACUCGAAUCAAUCGCACAAAAGCGUGAAAGUACGGGUAUUUGUUUUAUUGGCAAGCGAAAAUUUAGUGAUUUCAUAUCAGAUUAUGUGGAUCCACAACCGGGUGAUUUUGUCAACAUAGAAACUGGUGAAAUUGUAGCAAAACAUCGUGGCAUACACAAUUAUACAGUUGGUCAGAAGAUUUUGUUGGGUGGACAAAAGGAAACGCUAUUUUCCGUUCGAAAAAUGUGUGAUAAUAGAACUAUUUUAGUGGCUCCUGGUACAAAUCAUCCACGAUUAUUUUCGGAUCUGUUUUAUACGGAGAAACCACAUUGGAUCGAUAGGUCGCCAUUCGAUGGGAAUGCGGGUGUUGCAAAGGCUGAAUUCCGCUUUCAGCACGGCCAUAGAUUAGUUACGUGCGAAUUUAUUGAGACCAACGAGCGGGGCGGUGGUCUUUUAGUCAAGCUGAAUAGCCCAGUCAGAGCGAUUUGUGCUGGACAAUUUGCAGUGUUUUACGAUGACAAUGAAUGUCUUGGAUCAGCAAAAAUACGAGCAACUGGACCUUGGGUUAGGAAUACCACCAAUGAAGAGGGUAUUGAAAGUGAAACUAGUGAUGAUGAAACUAUCCAAUUGUCAAAAACAGGGAAAGAAGAAUCGACGAUGAAGGAGAAAAAACAUCCAGAAAGAGAUGGCGAAAAAGUUUACAAAGAAGAAGGGGCAAGCUGAAAAAAAUUAAAAUCAAUUGCAAAGUCUAAAAUUGACUAAUGG